GAGGAGUCCAUAGAGGAGCUCUAAGCCUGAGCCAAUAAAUUAUCUCCCAACCUCUCUAUAACCAUACAAGGAAGAGAGAGUAGCAGCAUGGAACUUCCGGGCUUCAGAUUCCAUCCUACGGAGGUGGAGCUUCUGGACUUCUAUCUUAGAAGAGCAGUCCUGGGGAAGAAGCUCCAGGUUGACAUCAUUGGCACCCUCAAUCUCUACCGCCAUGACCCUUGGGAACUACCUGGGCUGGCGAAGAUAGGAGAAAGAGAGUGGUACUUCUUUGUGCCAAGGGAUCGGAAGCAAUCCAAUGGCGGUCGGCCGAAUCGAACGACAGAGCAUGGGUUUUGGAAGGCCACCGGUUCAGACCGACCGAUUCGCAGUGCGGCGGACCCGAAGCGGCUUAUUGGCCUCAAGAAGACCCUGGUCUACUAUGAGGGCCGAGCCCCACGUGGCUCCAAGACCGACUGGGUCAUGAACGAGUACCGCCUCCCCGACCCUACCACCCCUCCCAAGGAGGAUAUAGUGUUGUGCAAGGUCUACCGAAAAGCAACAUCACUAAAGGAGCUAGAGCAAAGAGCGGCAAUGUCGUCACCGAAUUCUAGGUCGACCAUAGAGUCACCAUCGGAUCAAGAGAGCUUGCAAAAAUUGACGACAGUGGAUGAUGAUGGAUGCGUCAAAGAGGCUAAAGAGGAGGAGGUACAGAAAGAGGUGGCGGCCAAGUCGACUCAAUUGGUGAAUUUGCCUAAGCUUAAGGUUCCGAUGUACAAUAGUUUAGAGUGGAUGCAGGACCCUUUCUGGAGUCAGCUUAGGAGUCCAUGGUUUGAUCCAUGGUCUCCUUCCUAUGCCAAUGUGCUUAAUUUCUGAAUUUUGAGAUAUAUUUAUAUCGACAAGUUUUCAUAGAAGGUGUUAGCCAAAGAGAUGGUCUUGGAUGUAGAGGAGGAGAGGUGGAAGGAGUUGAGGUUUGACUUUAUUGAUGUUAAAUUUGUGAAUAGAAAUGUAUAUUAUUAAGUUAAUUUGCAUUUAUUGUAGCUGCAAUGGAUCAA